UUAGUACCCUUUGGUUUCCUCAGUGGGCAGUAGGAUUGUCAGAGAAGGAAUGAACAGGGUGAAGCUCUGAAACGAUCAGUUUUGUUCCAUGUAGCGGCGGCCCCGGAGACGUGCAGACGACCGGUUGUCCAACUGGCGAUGACUCUGGCGUCAGAAAUGACUGAGAGGUCGUUCGGGUUGCGAGAGACAGACAUCGACGUGGUGGGCAACGAGAGACAGGAGGGUCCCGGAGACAGGGACUCGGAGGGGGCUCGGAGCUCGUCCUCGGCAGCUGCGGGCGUGCAGGAGGUGAAGGCAUCGAGCAGGAACCCGCUGGUGAAGCCCCCAUACUCCUACAUCGCCCUAAUCACUAUGGCAAUCCUACAGAGCCCCAAGAAGCGUCUGACCCUCAGCGAGAUCUGCGAGUUCAUCAGCAACAGGUUCCCCUACUACAGGGACAAGUUCCCCGCUUGGCAGAACUCCAUCCGGCACAACCUCUCCCUCAACGACUGCUUCGUCAAGAUGCCCCGAGAGCCGGGGAACCCGGGCAAGGGCAACUACUGGACCCUGGACCCCAACUCGGCCGACAUGUUCGACAACGGGAGCUUCCUCAGAAGGAGGAAGAGGUUCAAGAGGCAGCAGCAGAUCGGGGUACUGAGGGAGCACGGCAGCCUCAUCCCAGGAUUCGGCUACGGACCUUAUGGUUACGGCCUUCAGAUUCCCAACACCGGGUACCCUACUCUGGCCUUCCAUCACCAUUGUCCAAUCACGAAUCCCACCGGCGUCUUCCCCUCGCUUUCCGCCCUUAUCCAAGGGAGUGAGUUGACCGGGAAACCUUUGCCGCCACCCCUGGGCCCCUCUUCUCCAGCUCGUCCGACAGUCAAGGUGGAAGCUGCCUCUCCGCUCUCUACCUUCUCAAUAGACAGCAUCAUGAGCCCCACCUCGCCGCCCCUCUACCCAAGGACAGGACAAGCCCCCGUUCUGCCUGUGAUCUCCGCUCUCCUCUCGCCCUCGCACAACUUGUUAAACAUAAAUUAUGACCGUUUGCAACAGGAAGCGAACUUUGCAAACAAAAUUAUCCAACUCAGCAACCGUCAUUAUUGAAGGAGCCUUGGGCGUUCAGAAGAUGGAAAACUAACGAGAGAGAAUCGCCCAGCCUUCACUCGUAUCGGCAAAGGACUUUUGGGAAGCCAAUCGCGAACACAAAAUGAAUGGUUUGAUCUCCAGUCAUUAAUCAUCUGUACAUUAAUCUGUGUAAAUAUUGUAACAAACGCAAAUGAAUACGUGUUUAAUUAUUGUUGGAGGUGAAGCAUUUCCAGAGGCACUGUACCGUGUAAGUUAUUUUUAUUCGUGUCCGAGGUAUUUUCAUAGCCUUACACGCCUUUUUAC